AAAAUAACCUUACUUUUUUAAUUUUUUUAUCGUAGGAAAAAAUAGAAAUUUGUCCAGAAUGUCCAUUCACUUCAGUGGAAGUUUCUCUAGAUCAGCUGGUCUAAUAAGCGCAAUAACAAAACAACUCAAGUCAGUGAAUCUGAAGCCUGUUAAAAAGAUCCAAAUAAAAUUCGAUCCAUUUCAUCCAAAUGCCAAAACGGCUAGAGAAUUCCUCUAUCAUAUAUCCACACCAAAAGUUAUUGAAACCAAUUUAAAUUGUUUAAUCAAACCUAUUGUUGUUUGCGACAGAAGCGAGCCAGAAAUACAAAUAGACCUACUGGAUUCUGGGAGUAUAAAAUUCUUGGCGAAUAAUUUGAACGUUCUGGAGAUUUUACAGCACAUAAACAAGCAUAUUAGUUCGAAAGUGGAACCAGAACAAGUCUCAGACACACCUGUCGCAAAACUAGUAUCAAAGAAACAAAGAAGGAAGUAAUGGGUCUAAGAUCUAAUAAGGGGGAUUAUGUCAUAAAAGUUAUUGAACACAUUUAUGAACAAUUUCCUUCAUUUACAGAUGUGUUUACUGAGGAAACUUUUUACGUUACAGUUGUAGCAGUGGUUAUAAGUACUUUUGUUGUAGUUUUCAUUCUUUCUAGAUAUAUUACGUUGAAGGAAGUGGAGAUUUGAAUUUUUUGGCAGUAAUAAAUUAUACAUGACAAUAA